AUGUCCGGCCCAAAAGGACAUCGUAAUAUUCUCAUGACUUACGCGGCGCCUAUAGCUUCUUCUCAUAUGAUGUGUCCUCCAGCUGACACUACUUCACAACUCACGAGGGAGCAACUUGACAGAUCGCAACCCGAAUUCGUUGGUCUUCUACUUGACUGGGGGCUACAAGGGGCGCUAUGCAGUCAGACAUAUUUCUACUAUACAUCUUUCCCUAAAGACGUGACUGCUCUGAAGAUUUUUGUCGGAGCUUUAUUUCUAGCGGAAUGGGUCCAAACCAUCUUGGCUACCACUGGGAUUAGUGGCAACCUAUUUGCCGAAAACGAUGCUGUAGCGAACAUUCUUCCUUUGACAGUUGGAGUCCCGGUGAUGUCUGGCAUAAUAGCUGCAGCGGUACAAAUAUUUUAUGCAUGGAGAAUCUUCGUCCUUUCUGUGGACAAGAGAUCCCGCUAUCUGGCAGCUGCAAUUGCAUUGUUUGACCCCCAGAUGUCUGGCUCAUCAAUUGGUACUUGGCUUGCCAUUACUGCAUCUGUGGAUAUCCUGAUAGCAAUCUCCAUGUCAAUUUUGCACGUGUACGCACUAAGCUUGUUCAUUAUGCCAUUACAAGUGGUGCUGUGA